AGGAAAACGGAAGAAAAGCAGAUGGUGAGUUAGGAAGUGGAUUCUAAAUAGGAAAUUAGGGCCACAUAAUUUGGUUGACAUGGAACUCAGAAAUAGUUACCCAGAUGAUUUCAAGAACUUACUACGAGUGUCUGAAGACCAAUUUGAUUUCCUCCUGGAACGCGUUUCACCACUGGUCGCAAAAUCAGAUACUAAUAUGAGACAGGCAGUAAGUGCAAAAACAAAACUUCAAGUGACUUUACGAUAUUUAGCCACAGGAGACUCUUUCAAGAGUCUGGAAUUAUUAUUUCGUGUUCCAAAAAGUACAAUUAGUAAAUUCAUACCCGAGACCUGCGAAGCUAUUCACAAGAAACUUAAAGAAUUCAUAGAGGUGCCGGCUCCAUCAGAUGAGUGGAAAUAUGUUGAAUAUGGAUUUAGAAACUGAUGGAAUUUUCCAGGCUGUGUAGGAGCUCUGGACGGAAAACACAUUGUCAUACGUGCCCCUCCCGCUACUGGAUCCGAUUUUUACAAUUAUAAAAAUAGUUUCAGUAUUGUCUUAAUGGCUUUAGCUGACUCCGAUUAUUGUUUACUGUAUGUUGACGUUGGCGCUAAUGGAAGAGGUUCUGAUGGAGGAGUAUUUCAAAACAGCUCUUUAUACAACGCUUUAGAGACAAACAGCUUACCAAUACCAACUGAUUUCGUAAUUGUGUAG